CGGCCAUCACGUAACUGGUCGAGUUCUCGCGAGCUCUCCGCCGAUGUCCCGCGUCCGAGUCCCCGCGUCCUGCGCAUGCGUACCGUGCGCUGUCUGACCUUGCCCGCAGUCACCAUGUUGUCCCGCAGCACUGUCCUCAUCUUCCAGCCACAAUGGUGAGAAUAGCGGGAGCUCAGUAUGGGAUGGGGGUCCGAGUCUGAAUGAGGGGGGACAUGCUGCUCAGGGUGGGCAUUGCAGUGUGUGUGUGUGUCUAUGUCGGUGUCUAGGCCGCGGCCGGUGUCUGUCAGUGAAUGGGUGAGGCCGGGCACCCUGUGCUGCUGUGGGGAGGGAGCACACUGCUUACCAUGGCUCCCUGGGGGCAGCCCUAAUAAUAGAGAGAUGGCAGCAAUGUAUGGAACCUGUGUGCCGGCUGCCUGCAGCCCCUAAUCCCAGAACAUGUCACACAAUGCCAUUACUAUCACUGUGUCACAUGGCUUUGAAGCAUUCUGUGCUUUUAAAUCUAUUUAACCUCAUUUUUGCUACACUGGGUGUAACAAUGGGAAAUAUCAGACAUUGUGUGCCAGACCAAAUGCAAUGUAAAUGUAUUUCUGUGCUCUGACGUCUAGAUGUCACUUGAAGUGUAACCUUUCAUUGUUUUAUAAUGGUUGGACUGAUCCUUCAUUGUCAAUGUCACAGUAUUUUCCUGUAGUACUCUGCGAAGUCAUACUCGUCUCAAAAAUAUUGGCCAUCACUUGGCUGUAGAUUACGUUUAUUCUUCAAAAAACCACGAAAGGUGUUUUUCACAGCAGCUCUUUUCCAUUGACAGCCAUUUAUUUUGGUAUAUUUCACUUGGAUUGUAUGUUGUCAGCAGUCAGGGACAUCGAGGUCACCUUACUUGUAACUUGUUGGUUGAUUUUAUUCUAAUGUCUUAUACACAGCAGUUCUGAGAAAAGUUGACUUGUUCCUUGCUUUGUUUAAUUUUUUUUUUUUUUACAAUUUUAUUAUAGUUUUAUUCAUUUUAGUUUAUAGUUACGCAAAUCAAAAUACCAUCUUGCCUCUAGAUUGUUCUCUCAAAACCUUUUGUGAAUGAAUAAAUAUACAAAAAAUAAAAUCGGUACAUAAUAUCCUAAGAAACCCUAUUAACGCAGGACAGCCUGACAAGGUGACUCACUCAUAACCCCUUAAGGACCAAGGAUUUUUUGAGAUGCCAAAGUGCUUGUGACCAAGGCAUUUUUUGGUGGUUUUGACAUGCAUUCAUUCCACCACUAUUAUCCACUGUCUAAGUGCACCCAUACAAAUUUAUAUAUAAUUUUUUAAAGGAAAAAUAUGGCUUUCCUUUCAUUAUAUAUAUAUAUAUAUAUAUAUAUAUAUAUAUAUAUAUAUAUAUUGCAAUAUUCGUAAGAGAAUAUUUAAUAAAUAAAAACUAAAAAAAAACAAAACACUUGAGUUUUACAUGCAUUCAUUUCUACACACUAUGUGCAAGAAAAGAAAAUUAACUAUAAAUAGAUUCACUAAUUAGUCCUGAUUGUUAAAAUGCCCAAUAUGUCUAGGAUUUAAAUACAUUUUUAGAAGUUAUAAAACAAAUACUGCAAGGAGUGCAGUUUUGAAGCUAAAACUUUGCAAAAUAUGGCAUGCUGAGAUUACAACCUUAUUAGUAACACAAAAAUUAUUUGUAGAAAGUACCUCCCCCGAGCUAUUAUCCUCUCUCGCUCCCCCCUCCAUAACAAAAAAAAAUGUUUUUUUUUUUUUUAUUAUUUAUGUUUGGGUAUUUCAUUUUUUUAAGCAUAUUUACAUUCAAAGACAGGACAAGCUUUAGAUGACAUUUCUGGGUAUUUUACUAAUAAUUACUAGAGGAGAUCACUGCAAAACUGGGGUUAUCUUUAUGUAUGUAAGGGGGUGGACAAAUAUACUUAGGAGGAGUAUUUAUAGAAAAGGUGGCAUUUGGAGACCCCAUACAUGUGCUGGGAAUUAGCCUCUUUGAAUUAGGUGAGGAUUGCCAAUGCCUGUGACGCAUUGUUUUUAAUUUGCAAUAUUUCAUGUAAAAGCUGAUCGAACUAUUUUUUUAAUAUAUAUAUUUGACUGUCCUGCCAGACAUGCAGACACUUUAUGGCUAAAAUAUUUGUAUAUUUUCACUCUACAGGGGCCAAGUCAGGAGCAUGGCAACUCUAAAAGACAGUAAGUUGUUUUUUUGUUUGUUUGGUCCCACCCCCCUCGCAGCUUAUCUGAUUUUAGCCCCCUUCCGUCACUUCCCUGAUUCUAGCGCUGAUGUCCCUUGGCGCUAGUUCAGUCAGGCUCGACCUCCACUCCUCCCCCGCUGACGUCAGCCUGCGGAGGGGAACAAAUGCGCAUGCACGGUGAGCGUUGCGCUAGCAUUAGCACUUUCCCAAUAGGAAAGCAUUGUAAAAUGCUUUCUUUAGGGUUUUGGGAGACGCUGGCUGUCCUCAUGCAUAGUGUGAGGAUGUCCAGCAUCAAAGUUCUUCUAAUGGCUGUCUGGUACACAACCAGUAGAGUUGGAGUUAACCCUCCAAGACAAUUAUUGCAGUUUAUCAGAAACUGCAAUAAUUACCAUUACAUGGUUAAGGGACCUGGGACACUGCACCCAGACCACUUCAAUGAGCUUAAGUGGUCUGGUUGCCUAUAGUGUUCCUUUAAGUUUGCAUUGAUCCGGGCAUCAAUUCAUUGUGCAUAAUAGUUAUAAGGGAUAGCGUUCCAGGAAACUAGCUAAGGUUGUGUGGAUUACUCUUUUCCAGUGUUUGAAAAAUGCCAAAUGUCUGCAUUUUAUAUACCUUAUUGGUAAACUUAUAAGAAACAUUUUUACUUUUAACACUACUGCAUGAUAACAUUUAUUACUUUUUUGUAUUCCAAAAUAUAUAUAUAUAUUUUUUUAAAAAGACUGACAUUGUAAGGCAUGGGUUGUUGAAGUGGUAAUCCUACAGAAUAAAUAAAAAGUAAAACUGUGAGAUACUGUUAUAAUUGAUGGAACAGUUUAUCUGCUUUCACAAUACUGAUUUACUUUUUUCCUGGUUUAAAGGGUUACUCCUUGCACCGUGAUCACUUCAGAGGGCUGUAGUGGUUAUGAUGCUUGUAGUAACCCUUUAAAAGUUACUUUAAAAAAAAAAAAUCCUGAAUAACUAAGCCUUGGAUAAGCAUUGGUACUUGAUCACAAGAUUAUUUUUAAGUUGCUGCUAUCUAACUUACUUGUUAUUUUGAUAGUUACCAGACGCUUGAAAUCCAUCAAGAACAUUCAAAAGAUUACAAAGUCCAUGAAGAUGGUGGCAGCAGCAAAGUAUGCUAGAGCUGAAAGGGAACUAAAGCCAGCUCGUGUAUAUGGAACGGGAGCUCUGGGUAAUUGUUAUACUAACAAGCAGUUGGUCAGCUUAUCACAAAUUUGUGUUUGCAAUACAAUCGUCUGUGAACAUAUUGUUUUUGUUUUAGGUUGUGGGUUUUGUUAUUUUUAUUUAUUUAUUUUUGGUGAGGGUAGGGUGGUGGUGGUGUUUGAAAUCAAACCCAUAUAGUGCCCAAUUAGCUUGCUUAAUUAAAUUAGCAGUCAGUUAUUUUUGUCUCUGAAGAGAGUUCAGAAUGGCUUGCCUUGAAAAGCCAGAAUAUCCAUAUUUUUUUAGUAUUUUGGCAAAGUACAGACCAUAGAUUUACCAUGUUUGCGGGGCUUCAAGAUAUAACUGGUUUUGUUCCAUUUAAAUACUUGGAAAGCUGUAUGCAGGUAAACCAUAUAGAAAUGGAAGCAGAAGUUUUAUCUAAAGCAUUUUUUAGAAUGUUCUUGUUUGCACCAGAAUUCUAAGGAAUUUCAUAAUUAUCUCCACAAAACAAAUGUCAAAAUUAUAUUCUUAUAAUUGAUAAAUUAUCAACUUGUUUUUUUAAAGUGGCUCAAAUUGACAUAUUUAUUAGUUGAGUCUCUUGAGCUUACCAAUUCUGCAUAAUAAAAUAAAAAAGUUGUAAGGCGCAGUUUAAGCCAUUACAGACUGUUCUACAAGGUUACACUACCGGGAGUACCCUGGUGCUGUCAUGUGGUAAUAAACUGUUUUCAGCACCUACCUGGGUUCUUUUUGUCCAGCUUUCUUAUUCAGAUAUGACUAAAGAGGAAGUUCCCCUUCUGAUUUAUAUUUGGAUGUAAUUAAUUGGCUGAUGAGCAGAAUUGGUGCCAUUAAUGCAAAAGUUGGACUUCCACUUUAAUGACAUCUAAAGAGGUAGAGGGACCUGGAGAACCAAAGUUCUGACCAUAGUAAUGGUGCUUAGACUCUCUAAAGUGCUCCGAAUUGUUUCAUGCAUUCUUUGCAUUGUUGGAGAAUUAAAUUCCAUGAUUAUCAUGAACAAAUAUUGAUGAAAAAAAGAGUAUCUGUUUUAUUGAGUGUUUCACUUCACAUUAUUUGCUAUAUAACUGCAAAUUACAAAUUGAUUUCUGAAAACUGAAUUUGUAACAUUAAUAAUAUUCAUCUUCCUAGCUUUGUAUGAGAAAGCUGAAAUUAAAUCACCUCAAGACGAAAAGAAGCACCUGCUCAUUGGCAUUUCCUCUGACAGAGGUCUGUGUGGUGGUAUUCAUUCCAGUGUGGCAAAAUCUAUUAAGAAUGAAAUAGCUACUCUUUCUGGGACUGGAAAGGAUGUUAUGGUGGUUGGUGUUGGGGACAAGCUGAGAGGAAUUCUCCAAAGGUAAAUGUUUGUGAUAUGAUUUUAAAAUUCAGCUACUAAAUGUUGUUGAAUCACGUAGCACAGGGUGAAGAAGAAAACCUAUUCAGUAUCCAAGACACAAAUCAAUAUAUACAAGUACUGGAAUAUUUGGAGAUUUCUAGCACACAACUUGCCAUGCCAUGCAAGCUCUUAUGAUCAAACCAGCUGGCCACCAUAGGCAGAAACCCCCUCCAGAGCUACUUUUCAGACAUGAGUUUAAAGGGACACUCCAGAAAUUUAGCUUGCUGAAAAGCUUUGUGUAAAAAAUGUGUCUUUAUUUCAUUUUGAAAAAACUACAGAUUUUAAUAGAAAAUUACACUUUGGUAAAACAACUUGGUAACACUCCUCCCUUGCUUUCAAGCAGGCAACAUAUCCUGUUACUUCCUAGUUUGGUUAGCUCAGUGAAGCUAAACUCAAAAGGCAGGUAAUUGCACAGAGCACCUGCCUUGCAAAGACUUCUCAUUGAGCUGCAAUUGUGAUUGGACAGCCACAGAAAGUCUGGGCAAGGUUAUUAGGAGGAGGAUUGCAAAGGCAGAACUGCUACAUUUGCAAGCUGUUUUUAGAUAUAGUGAUUUCUAUUUACUUUGUACUUGGCCAGUGGAGUGUGCCUUUAAUUGAAAAUAACAUGCACACCAUGCUCUGUUAUCACACACCUAUUUACCAUUGGUGAGUGGAAGUUUCUAGCCCUGUUUACAUUAAUUUUUUUUAACUAUCUUCAUGUGCCUGUUUUUUUUUUGUUUUUUUUAAAUUUUAUUUAUAAAUUAGCAUAACUUAAUUUUUGGAGUGCAAAUGAUCUAUUUCCCUAAAUUUCUCUUUAAUUUUAGAUUUUCUUUUUAAAUAACUCCCCUUUUAAGACCAAAUGAACAUCUCUUCUAAAGCUGAUGAUUUAUUUUAUAUUUUUUUGAAGAGAUUGAGAAUUAUGAUGAUAGAAAAGUGAUAUGUAUUACAAAGCAGAAAAAUGUGAACAUUAUUCAAAAUGGAAAUGUAAAUUACCCCAUAUAGUGGUCAGUGGUGAGUUCCUUUGAUAUAAACAUCGAGUUGUAGAAUUUACAGGCAUUGAAAACUGUGGGGGCAAGAUUGGCUCUGUCACCUUUUGAGGGUCUUUGCAUAUUUUGAAAACACCCCUGAAGGUUACAUGAAACAUUGUGUGCGGUCACUAUGGGUGAGGGAGAAGAGAGUUAUACUUUUGGAGCCCUUUCUUGAGGGCAUCACCAUCAUUUUCUUGCUCCUGGCACUUCAUCCACCAGAAGAGCAUGUGCUUGAUUACAACAUUGAGCUCUAUGGAGAAUCCUGAAAGACAGUGGGAUCCUCCAAAGACAAACUUGCAUGAUGUGCAAGAAGAUGCAUCUUUCCCGUAGUGUUAACUUACAGCAGCUUUGGCUUUUGAUAAACUUGUCAACUUUUUUUGAACCUCAUUGUUUCCCGUUAUAAGUCAAAGUAGUCCUUUGUCAAGCUUCUUAGAAAUUAUAAUGCGGUCAAUGUGUAUUUCAUAAAGAUUAUACCUUUAUGAAAUAUUUAAAAUCAGAGUUCUUGGAGUAAUUACUGUUUAGUGAUUCUCUGUACAACUAGAGGCGGACCCCUCACACAUCAGUAAGAGAUACUCCUUUUAAGAGUGUCCAGUUCUGGUGUUCAGGUUCUUUUCUUCUUCCAUAAAUCCUUGUCCAGCAGGACACACAACAAGGAAACAAGAGUUCUGUUCUGCUUGGUUGACAGCUGAGUAGCCUUGAAAUGAUCUAAGCUAUGAUUGAAAGUUGUGAUGGUGCACUGAAACAUGACAUUUUAAAUUGCCCUGUUGAGUUUUUAAAACACGUUCUUUUUCAGGACUCAUGGAUCGCAUUUGCUUCUGACCUUUAAAGAAGUUGGUAGAAAACCCCCUACCUUUGGUGAUGCUUCAGUCAUUGCAUCUGAGCUGCUGAACUCUGGAUAUGAAUUUGACCAAGGAUCUGUCGUGUUUAACAGAUUCAGGUAAAAAAAAAAAAAUGAACAAUAAAUAAACUUCCAUAUGAUUCUGUUUCAUCUUAAUGGAUGUGUUCUGAACAGGUUUGUUUGGUUUUAGAUCCGUCAUUUCCUACAGGACAGAGGGAAAGCCAAUUUUCUCUCUAGAAACUGUUUCAAAUUCAGGUGAGUUUUUAGUUAUGACUUCUUGUAGCAGGCUUAUGUAAGUAAUUAGCGUUAUUUCUAUAAUACGUGUGCACUAGGGGAAUUAUGAGCAUGUUGUGAAGACAAACGAGCCAUACAGUUCCUGCAUACAUUAUGAGCUGAGGUUAUAGGAUUAACAUGACUUAAAAAUGCGUCUUUGUAAUAAUCUCCUUUUUACCCUCAUGGAUACCUAAAGGAAUCUUGUAGACACCAUAACAGCUUGAAGUGGUUAUGGGACCUGGAGUGCAUGAGUACCAGGUCCCACAUAACUGCAAAACUGUUCAGUGCCCAUUUAUCAGAGAUUCUCAGUCCCUGGCAGUCUGCAGCCCAACCUCAACCACAAUGAAGCAGAGCUAUGCUUCCACCAUACCAGGAAUUCCCUGAGAGCUCUUAGCUUAUCACUAUCUGCUGCACGUGGAAUGGUGGGAAACAAAGCUCAACUCCGCUUUGACCAUUUUGUUGUUGAAGGUCCAGCUGCCAGAGAGAAUAUUUGUUUUGCAAUGAUUAGCCAGUGAUGUGGGACUGGUGCCUAUGAUCUUCAGGCACUGUAUCCACUUCAAUCUAUUAAAGUUGUUUUGGAGUGGGAAUUCAUAGUAAAUCCUCAAACAGUAGUGUAGAAACAAUUACAGUACACAGAGUGGAAGAAAAUAAUUAAAGAUUUGUGUCUAAUAAAUGCACAGUAAGAAAUCAUGCCAUCUUUGCAUAAGUAGCCAAAAUUACCUUGUGUGUGUGUAUAUAACAGCACAUUACCACUACAGACUGAUAAACAUGUAGAGUAGAGCAGGACAACUAUGGGGGGGUUGGUCUCUUCCGCUCUUUUGUUGGUUUGUUAUAUCUCUAUCUCUCUAUCUUCAGCAUAAUCCAUGCUGAAGAAUUGAUAGACAAGUGGGAGAAAAAAUAUUGUUUAAAUAGGUUUUUCUCCCAGUCUAUACAUUUGCUAGGAAAAUUGCUAACACAUUGUAUAGAUGUAAUUAUAUGUAUUGGCAAAAACAUUUUAUUUUUGGAUAAUACAUUUUGUCCUUUUAAUGAAAAUUAAUUUAGUGCUGAAUAUCUGUACAGUAAGAUAACUGAAAAGUCUAAUUUCACAUACAUAUCUGACAUUUAUUCUGUCUUUCUGCAGAAAGUAUCAGUGUCUAUGAUGAUAUUGAUGCUGAUGUGUUACGAAACUAUCAGGAGUUUGCUUUGGUAAAUAUUCUCUAUUACACUCUGAAAGAGUCUGCUACAAGCGAGCAGAGUGCCAGGAUGACUGCUAUGGACAAUGCAAGCAAGAAUGCCUGUAAGUUUAUAAUAUGCUCUUACCAUUUAAUGCUGAAGAAAAAAACUUUGAAAUGUUUAAUGAUGUGUGAUGCCUGUUAAAGUAGUAUUUGGAGUAAGUGCUAGUUUCAUUUUUAGUUUGGUAAAUAUCUAAUGAAUGCCUUGUUGUGUACACUGAUAUCUUGUAUUCUUUACAGCUGACAUAAUUGACAAGCUGACCUUAACAUUCAAUCGCACUCGUCAAGCUGUCAUCACCAAGGAACUCAUUGAGAUCAUUUCUGGUGCUGCUGCUCUGUAAGUACCUAGAACAGUUUGGUGCUCUUUUCAAAACUAUGCACACUUGAGCUGGGUAAAGGCAUGGUGCACAUGCGAUUUUGCAUGUAUAUUAAACUUACUGCUCUUAACCUAUUAGUUCUGUCAUCUCAUGAUAGUGUUGACACGGAGUCCUUUAUCUUCUCCUAUUUUGCUCAUUUUCAAGUAUGUAAAAUAUAAAAUAUUCCACAAUUCUGAGUGUUUUGUAGAGUAGUAAAAACUCUGCACAUUGUGAAUGCCACUGUUACUUGCAUGUCAGCUGCCAUUAAUUUCCCAGUCACCAUUUCUUUUCUGUGUAGGAACAAAAGGUAGAGCAGGCUUCCAUCCUGUUUUCUGUAUUCCCUUUUCACUCCUCACUGCACAUUAGGUGUGGGAUACAAAGUUCCCCAAUUUGCAACUUCAGAAUUCAUAUUUGCAUACAUGUCUGCCUUUCUUAAUUUUCAUGGAAUAAAUGUAUUUCCAGUUUAUCCCUUUUUAUAUUGUUUCACAGCUUUUUAACUUUCCCUAGAUGGUGCAUUUAUUGCAUGGUGUGUGUAUUUAACUUGCUUGUUUUGUUUCUAACACUUAACCAGGAGUUGAAAUGAAUGUCAGCGUGAUCCAAGGUCAUAAGGUAAUAAUAUAGGCUUGUAUUAUGUCAGACCUACUUGUUAUAUUAUUGGUGUAUGUUAUAAUGCUGCCGCAUGUAGGAAAUGUGAGGUUUUUAACAUAUCCCUCCAUUCCUCCCUCCAUCCCUUCCUUUACAUUUUACGCUGGGCUGGCUGUCCUGGCACUGCCAUAGCAUAAUAUUAAAAUGACUUAAAACCCCAUGCUUUUGUGUGGUACUUUCAAAGCAGAUGUCCAAUUGCAGCUGGAGAAUAGUUGUUUAAUGAUGAGUCCUUGAAGUAAAAGUAACCGUUCCUCUUGAAAACAUUGGUUACAUUUUCAACAUGAUUCAAUUAUACAUUACUUCAGCUUAUGAAAUCUGCAAAAAAUCUUGAACAGUGGUUCAUUUCUUAAACUAGUUUUGCUUUUUCACUUUCAGAUAAUGUACCAACUGUUUGGCAUGACGUCUGUGAUUUUUAAAUGCCUCAGCAAGUGAUGGUCCAGUUUAUGAAGAAAACAAUAUUUGUAAAUUAUAUUACAAUAAACAGCUUACAUGGACAGAAUCGUAUGGAAUUUCUUAAUGUUUUACAUGUCUAUUUUACGCGAAACUUUUAUGAAAAUAUGCUUGUUGAGUGACUGUAGGCUUGAACUGACAGAUUUUAAUGCAUUGUGUGUGU